AUGACCUCCAAUGGCUCAAGCUCGAGUUCAGCAACCGAUUUGAUCUCAGCCGCUUGCUCUCUGGUAGCAACCGCCGUGAGUUUGAUCACUCUCAUCACUGCGUACGUGGCGGCCUUGCAGAUACUUUCACGACGUCAACUUUAUCGCUUGGGGAUUUCGGAGAAAAGUCUUGGUGGGUGGAAAGAUACGGUGAUGAAGCCAUCAUUGCUCAAAAUGCAAACGCAAAUCUCCACACCAACGAUCACCGUACCCAUGCUUCUCAUGAACGGCUUUCAACCGAACACGAUUGGUCUUCCCGAUAUAUAUAUUAAACACGAUACAAAAAAUACCGUUUCCCAUCUUGAGGCCGGCAAUUAUGCCUUAGCAGAUGCUGGAUGGGUUAACUUCACUCAGGCAUUAGGAGUGACCCCCAGGUGCACCAGACUCUAUGAGAUGCAACCCGAGCCCAAGCUUGUGGAUGGGAUUGUUCCGAUGCGAUGGAAGGGAAUAGACUUGGUGGCAAUUUGUUCGAUGCUCAGCUUUAAUUCACCUGAGAAUAACCCAAAUUUCCAGAUGCCCCUAACUCUUCCAACACUAUGGUCUGGGCCUCUGGGCUGGCUGCAGUUCAGAGCCGGUUCUGACGGUUGUGUUGUGGAAUACAGAAGGAGGAGUGCAAUCACGAAUCAUAUACCCAACCAUCUACACGAGUACUAUCGAAACCUUGACAUAAAAUUCGAAGCUUGCAGCCUUGAGCCACGAGCUUGGCAUUCUAUAAGCUGCCUGAGCCUGCAUGAUGGCCGUGCAUUAUUUUUAGGGGGCUCUGAUACCAGUUCUGAUAUACCCAAAGUCCAGAGAGAUGACGUCCAGCCCACAAAAGUCAUAUCUGACCAUGUGUUGUCAGAAGAUGAGGAGGACGAAGAUAUUAUGAGAAUUUUAUGGCCAAAGAAGGCAGAUAGGCCCUAUGCCGUUUAUACCGCAGCUGACGAGAAUGGAUCAUCCGGUAUAUCGAACUCGGACUUUCUACCCGAAUUUCUCCGUGGCGUAGAAAUAUCGAACGACGCUAUAAGAAAAGCCAAUAAACUACAAGUUUGGGACCUAUCUCUUGGUCUGUUCCGCUUGAUCGUGGAGAGGGAAUUAGCAGUUAGUCGAGGGCUUGAUUUCACCGCUUGUAUCGAAUUUGAUAGAAGAUACAUGGACCCGAAAGAGUUCGAUAAUUAUGCACAUCACUACCCAUUUGCACUCGGGAAGCUUCGUAUGGAUGAAUCAGUUAUGAAGCUUAUGAAACAAGCCGUUCUGGAGUUUCGGCCCGACGGCUUUUUCUUUUCGCCAACAGAAAGGCUUCUCUACGACAUCUAUCAAAUUUUCAGGCAUAUCGACCUUCAAUCGGAUCGUAACCUCCUCGGAUACAUAUUUCCCCCUCUGAUGCUUCAAGAUUGGCAGAGGGGCACCAAAGACCAACAAAUUGAACAACUAUACUACGCCAUGACCCUCUGCAACAAACUCCAGCAUAUCAAGAUGAGAACCCAAGCGUUAUCCAUAGUUGAAGAUAUAAAGAUUACCUACUUAGCGACCUCUUCACUUCGCCAGAUUAUCGCUUCCAGGGAGGGUCUAGAACUCAUAUGGGCAAUGAUAGCCUCCUCUAAGCUUUUCUCUGACAUAGUUAUGUUGUCCUUGGGAUUUAAGGUGCAGAAUAUACUCGAAUCUACCAUCAAAUGCAAACACGGGGACCUUCAUUGGAAAUUCCAGCAGCAGGGUACAUCCCAAAGUCUGGAGCGGGUGUAUGUCGUGCCAUUCUUGAGCGAUGGAGAUUUUUCUGGAGCCCAGAUCCUAGCCGCAUUUCUGCAUGUAUUCUUGACUUAUUUUUGGGUGGAAGUAGCUGUUGUUUCUAACGUUGCACUAUAUGACGCAACGGUACCACAGAGUAUUACGAUGUAUUAA